AUGUCUUAAAUUGAUUCAUAAUUAUUAAGAUCCUUAAUUGUAAAUCCAGAGAGUAUUGAUGAAAAUUUCUUAUGUGGUAUAUGUUGUUAAUUGGUUGUAAAUCCUAAAGAAUGUGAAAAUUGUUAACAUUUAUAUUGUCUAGAAUGUAUUUAAGAUUGGUUGAAAAAGAAUAGUAAAAUUAAUUAUUAUUAUAAGAGAUUUGUCCUUAUAGAUGUACUGAAGGUGAAAUUAAACUUAAAGAACCUCAUAGAUUUGUCAAAAAUUCAAUUUCCCAUUUAAAUCUUAAAUGUUAAAAUGCUGAUUGUGAUCAAAUUAUAGAGUUGGGAUUGAUGGAUUCACAUUAUAAAGAAUGUAAACACACUAUACAAAACUGUUAAAAUGAAGGAUGUUAAGAUAAAAUUAAAAACCUUAAUCUUGAAGAACAUAAACAAAAAUGUUAAUUUAGGAAAGUAACUUGUGAUUAAUGUCUUGUAAUUUAUAUGAUAAGUCAAGAUCAUAAUUGUAUUAGGUCUAUGAAAUAAUAAAUUGAUGAUUAGAACUUAAUUAUAAAUUAGCUUAAAUAACUUGUACUUCAAUAAUAGGCUACUUAAUAAGAAUAAUAAUAAUAAAUUAAAAUAUUGUAGUAAUUAAUAGAAAGACCUUAAGGAUAAAAAUAUCUAGUAUGUGAUAAAGGUCAUCAAUUAAUAUGGAUUAAUCCAUUAUACAAUCAAAAAUGUGGAAGAUGUUUAUAAAACAAUGAAAUUUCUAGAUUUAAGUGUUAAUAAUGCUAAAAGAUUUAUUGUCAAUCAUGUAAAAAACCAUACUUUUAUAAUUAAAAAUGUCCUAGCAAUCAUUAAUUAUAAUUCGAUAAAAUUGUAUUAUUAUGAUUUUUAUAAUUAAUAGGCUCGUGCUUCCAUUUCUUGUGAUUUUUGUGGAGAGAUUCCAUUUAAAAAAGGAGAAGGAGUCUGGAGUGAUAGAGAGUGUGAUUUUGAUAUUUGCAUCAGCUGCUAUAAUAAAGCUUAAUAAUGA